GAAAGAAAGGAAAAUAAAUUUUAAAAAAAUUGAUAUAAAAUAUUCUUUAGCUCAUGUGAAAAAUGCAGCUCAUUUUAUGAACUAAAGAAAAAGUUUGAAGCUUUGAGGUUCUUCAACAAUGGCAGAGGAGAAUUUGAGGAGCAAUCUCCAUUAUUGACCAUUCUUAACCUCUUAAAAUGACAAGCCUUUCAGACCCUGAAACCAUUUUGCUAUCAUUUUAGUUGGUAAAGAAAUUGCCAUGAUUUUACAAAUUAUACCACAAAGGCUGUUAGAGGAGAAAUUCAUUUCACUCUUACAGUCAUGUAAUUUUCCAAAACAUCUUUACCAAAUCCAAACCCAGAUAAUCAUUCAUGGUUUUCAGUACAAUAGCUUCAUUAACCCGAAAAUAAUCACAUCAUGUGUGAAAAUAAAGCUAGUGGAAUAUGCACGCAAAAUGUUCGAUCAAAUUCCCGAACCAAAUUUCGCUUUAUGGAAUUCGAUGAUGAGAUGUUAUGUUAAAAACGAAAGGCAUAGAGAGGUUUUACUCUUGUUUGGUAAGAUGAAGAGUUUGGAUGUUAUACCAAAUUGCUUUACUUUUCCUUAUGUUAUUAAAUCAUGUGGGAAACUUAAUGCUAUAGUUGAAGGUGAAGAGGUUCAUUGUGAUGUGAUUAAGUGUGGUUUUAGAUCAAAUUCUUAUGUGGGUACUACUUUGAUUGAGAUGUAUUCAGGUGGUGGAGCAAUUGGUGAUGCUUAUAAAGUGUUUGGUGAAAUGUUUGAAAGAAAUGUUGUUGCUUGGACAUCAAUGAUUAAUGGCUACAUUUUGUGUGGUGAUAUAGUUUCUGCUCGUUGUCUAUUCGAUUUGGCGCCAGAGCGCGAUAUUGUGUUGUGGAACACGGUCGUUUCGGGUUAUAUCGAAUUGGGCGAUAUGGUUACUGCCCGAAAGCUCUUUGAUGAGAUGCCUAAUAGAGAUGUUAUGUCUUGGAACACAAUGUUGAAUGGCUAUGCAAAAAAUGGUGAUGUUGAAGCUUGCGAAUUGUUGUUCGAAGAGAUCCCGGGUAGGAAUGUUUUCUCUUGGAACAUUUUGGUUGGAGGGUAUGCUCGAAAAGGGCGGUUUUUUGAUGUUCUAAAGUGUUUCAAAAGGAUGUUAAUUGAGGUUGAUAAUGUGUGUCCAAAUGAUGCAACAUUAGUGACUGUUUUAUCUUCAUGUUCAAGAUUAGGUGCUCUUGAUUUAGGUAAAUGGAUAGAUGUAUAUGCAAGAAGUAUUGGAUACAAAGGUAAUGUUUUUAUAGGAAAUGCUUUGAUUGACAUGUAUGCAAAAUGUGGUAUGAUUGAAAAUUCAAUUGAAGUUUUCAAAGCCAUGGAAAUGAAAGAUUUGAUCACAUGGAAUUCUAUAAUAUGUGCUUUGGCGAUACACGGUCGAGGUGAUGAUGCCUUAGAAUUGUUUCGUGAGAUGAAGAAUGCGGGUGAAAAACCCGACGGUAUUACCUUCAUAGGCAUUCUUUGCGCUUGUUCGCAUCUAGGGUUGGUCGAAGAUGGCUUGUCAUAUUUCGAGUCAAUGACAAAUGAGUAUUGUAUUAGGGCAGAGAUCGAACACUACGGUUGUGUAGUCGAUUUACUAGCUCGAGCCGGUCAAUUAGACCGAGCUAUCGAUUUUGUGAAGACAAUGCCUAUUGAUGCAGAUGCUGUGAUUUGGUCUGCAUUGCUUGGAGCUUGUAAGAUUUACAAGAACAUUGAGUUAGCCGAAAUAGCUCUUGAGAGACUCAUUGAACUCGAACCUCGAAACCCGUCGAAUUAUGUUAUGCUUUCGAAUAUUUAUGGUGAUCUUGGUAGAUGGAAAGAUGUGUCAAGAUUGAAAGUUGCUAUAAGGGAUACUGGUUUUAAGAAAUUGCCAGGAUUGAGCUUAAUUGAGGUGAAUGAUAGUGUAAUUGAGUUUUAUUCUUUUGAUGAGAGACAUCCUCAAAGAGAUGAAAUUUAUGGUGCAUUGAUUGGAUUGACCGAAUUGUUAAGAUCAUUUGGUUAUGUACCUGAUCUUAUGGAGUUUGGCUUGGAAUCCUAGAAAAAAAAUUGUCAAUUUUUGUUUAAUUUGUUGUGUUAUAUAGAAAAUGUAACUUAAAAAAUAUGUUUAAGGAAAUUACCUUAUUUAACCACUUAGUUAAAAAUUUGUAAAGUCCGAGAAGGAUUGGAUUUAGAAAUUGAUAGAAAAACAAAGAUAUGGGCUCGAAAUAGAAAAUAUCACUCUUUUCAAAUGAUCCUCUUUUUUUUAACUGAAUAAUACAACAAAUUAACAUAUGACAAUAUGAAUCUAAAUCUUGCCACAAAACCAGUUCAUGUAAAAAAAACUAACUAGUAAAUUAACUUGUCAAGUAGUUGAAAAGCAGACAAAAUCUUUCUCUCCCUACAAACCAAUUCAACCAAUGAAGCCCAUGAAUCAGGUUCGGGUUUAAAUCCCAAUUCCACCAAUCCGAGCAAGGCCACGGCUGCCUCUUCCGCCAUUCCCCCAUUACAAAGGCGAAGAAGCAACUCAUUCGAAGUUGCAUAAUGUGGAACAAAGCCUCUUCCAAGCAUCAAAUCCAACAAAUCAGUUGCCCUUUUAAGAUCAUUCUGUUGACAUAAGAAAUUCAACACAAUUCUAUAACUUCCCUUGUUCAAAAACAUACCUUCAUAAGGAAGUUUUUCGAGCAUUUCGAGUGAUUCCUCAAAUUUAGCUUCUCUACAAAGUCCUCCAAGUAUCACAUUAAAGGUCACUACAUCAGGCCUGCAAUUAUUCACUUUCAUCUCUUUAAGCAAAUCCAUAGCUUUAUCUGUCUUCCCAACUCUGCAAAAGCAAUUAAUCAUAGCUGUAUAGCAAAUUUUAUCGGGUUUAAGACCGAUAUUUUUCAUCUCAUCGAAAACUUCUUCAGCUUCUACAGAUCUUCCCACCUUACAAAAACCAUUUAUCAUAGCUGUGUAGUUAAAUAUAUUCGGGUUGCAUCCGUUGCUCUUCAUGAACUCGAUUAUCUUCUUCGCCUUGUCAAUGUCACCUUUUCGGGAAAAACCAUUAAUCAAAACAUUGUAUGUCAAAGCAUCAGGAAGGAUUUGAUCCUUUGAGAUCAUUUCCUCAAAGAGUUUGAUUGCAUCUUCAAGUUUCCCACUUUCACAAAGACCAUUUAUCAAAGUUGAAUAUGUAAUCAAAUUAGGAUAAGAAAUUUUGCUCAUCUUCAUUUCUUUCAUUACCUCAAAUGCAGAGUCAAUAUCCCCUUUCUUGCAAUGGUGCUUAACUAAUAUAUUGAAAAUGCAAGUAUUCGGUUUCAAGUUCAGAUUUUUCCUCGAAUGAAUCAGAAGCUGUCGAGCCAAAUCAACUCGGUUUGCUUCAACUAAGAGGUUGAGACAAGUACUGAUGGCUUUGACUGAAGGCUUUUCCCGAACAAUAGGUCGAAUGGCAUAGAAUAUCUCGAGCACUUUCUCAUCCGAAGAAGACUUCGAAUAUUGCUUCAUGAGAGUUAGGAAUAUAGGCUCAUGAAUUUUGCAAGUUUCAUAAGUCAUUCGACCAAGAAUUGCAUCAACUGCUUGGAACUU